AUGAUCAAUUUUAUUUUAGUGCAGAACAGACAAGGGAAGACUCGUUUGUCUAAGUGGUAUGUUCCGUACGAUGACGACGAGAAGGUCCGUUUACGCGGGGAGGUGCACCGGUUAGUCGCGCCUAGAGACCAGAAGUACCAGUCGAACUUCGUCGAGUUCCGCAACAACAAGAUCGUGUAUAGGAGAUAUGCCGGCCUGUUCUUCUGCGUCUGUGUGGACGCCAACGAUAACGAAUUAGCAUAUCUCGAGGCUAUUCAUCUCUUUGUUGAGGUUCUUGACUCGUUCUUUGACAACGUUUGCGAGCUAGACCUUGUCUUCAACUUCUACAAGGUCUAUGCUAUCUUGGACGAAGUGUUCCUCGCGGGCGAGAUAGAGGAAACCAGCAAGGAUGUGGUGCUUGCGAGGCUAGAAGAGUUGGAGAAGUUGGAGUAA